AUGGUGAAGAGUUCUGUGAAGUAUAAGACUGAUCAGCCGCGCCCAAGGAAGAAGGUAAUUACCACCAAGACAAUCGGAAUCAGAACGUUCACUAUGAUCAACAUCUUCUCGCCGUCUAAGCUGUUGCUACAGCUCAGCCUGGCUGCUAGCCUGGUUACAGCUCAGCUCCAGACCAUCAAUAACUUCGGGCCGACCUACAGCACGCAACUAACUAUGCAGGCGUACAUCCCCAACAACCUCCCUGCUAGCCCAGCAGUGAUGCUUGCUCUGCACGGCUGUAGUGGGAGCGGACCUGGAUAUUUCCAGCAGACCAAGUACAAGUCUCUCGCCGACUCUCGCGGCGUCAUCCUUGUAUUCCCUUCCUCUCCUAAGGACUCCAACUGUUGGGAUGUCGCCAGCGCAAAGACGCUCAAGCAUGACGGCCAAGGCGACAGCCAGGUUCUUGUCAGCAUGGUCGACUAUCUCAUCAAGACAUACAAGGCCGAUCCCAAGAAAGUCUUUGUCACAGGCACCAGCUCCGGAUGCAUGAUGACGAACGUACUUGCUGCGACAUACCCUGACCGCUUUGCUGCUGCCACCUGCUACUCUGGUGUUGCCGCAGGAUGUAUGGCUGGGUCGCCUGGAUCUAGCCCCAUCAGCUCCGAUCGUGUCUGCUCCGACGGUAGGAUCGUAAAGACUGGACAACAGUGGGCCGACCAGGUUCGUUCUAUGUACCCAGGCUAUAGCGGCUCCUAUCCUCGAUUCAAGACCUAUCACGGUACUGCCGACAACCUCGUCUUCUACCAGAACUUUCUCGAGCAGAUCAAGGAGUGGUCGACUAUUCAUGGCGUCUCCUUUGUCCGCAACGAGACAUCGACCCCGCAAUCCGGCUACACCACUAUGAUAUACGGAGACGGAACCAAGUUUGUCGGUGUAUCUGCAGCUGGAGUUGGACAUGUUGUGCCUACCCACGAAGAUCUUGAUUUCAAGUGGUUUGGACUUACCUGA